AUGGAUACAUAUGAUUCUAAUGGUGAAGACAGAUGGAAAGAUGAUGAGGUGGGUGUAGAGGAUGAUGGUGGUGAGAAUGAGUAUAAUAAUGACAACCCAAUCCACAGUGCUAGCCCUGACAAUUACAACAACAAACCUAUAGUGGAUGUGGAAGACAAGGAUAAUGAGGAUAAAGAUGUGAAUUCUGAGAGGGAGGAGAACAAGGAACCUGAGCAGGAUUUGACUAAGGAUAGUUUAAGUGAGGAUAAGGAAAGUGUUGGUGAUGGAGAGCAUCGCUUUAACCCUAAAUUCAUGGACUCCAUUAUUUCUGCAAUUGAUCAUGUAAAUCUUAAUGCUCACCAAGCCUCUGCAAUCAUCAUAACAAAUGACGGCAAAUACUUUUCUAACGGCCUCGAUCUCGAAUGGAUCUCGCUCGACAAGGAGAUUCGAACCCCGGCCGUCCGCAACAAAUUCAUCGAGCUCUUGGCCGCCGUCAUGAGCUUAAAAUUGCCGUCAAUUGCCGCGAUCUGUGGCCACGCUUGUGCAGCUGGAUUCAUUUUCGCCCUGGCUCACGACUAUAGGUUCAUGAGAAACGACCGAGGGUUUCUGUACAUGAGCGAGGUCGAUGUCGGGAUGACUAUUACCCCGUCGGUCAUGUCUGUCAUCAGAAGCAAAGUUGAUUCGCGUCAUUUGACGGAAGUUAUGCUUGGCGGCCUCAAGUACAGAGCACAAGAAGCCCUCGGAAAGGUUUUGGUGGAUUCGUGGCAUGGUAGUUCUGAUGAAACCCUAGAUGCCGCCAUUAAUGCUGCCGUUGAGCUUGGUAAACGGAAUUGGAAAGGGGAAGUCUACCUGGGGCUCAGACUCGGCGCAUUUCCAGAAGCUGCAGAGAAGCUUGGAAUCCAAAGUGCUUCUGCACUUCCUUCCAGAUUGUGA